GGUGCCAGCUUGGUCAUGUUCUGGUGAAGACAGUCUUCCAGGUUGCAGACUGCUGACUUAUUGCUGUGUCCUUAAACUUGGGUGGCCACAGUCUGCAGUGGCUUGAAGCAGGACUUUGGUUCCUCAGCAGGAAUUGAAGUCAGGGUAUGGCAGUGAGAUCCCUGAAUCCUCACCACUAGACCAGCAGAACCAGUGGCCAGUAACAAAGCCUUGGCCAGUAGGCUUUGUAGAAAUGAAUUUCCACAAAGAGAUGGAAAGUAGUGAAGCAAAGUAAUGUGUUUAGAGAGGAAAGAGUACAUUUGGAUAGACACACGUGAGUGGUCUCAAAGAGAGAGUCAUGCCCUCCUGGUAGUUUGAAUCACUUAUAUGGGGCAUUUCUUCCCAGUUUCCUCUGGCCAAUCAUCUUGCUUUAUCUGGGUUUGAGUCCAUAUUUGGUUUACCUCAGGGUCCUCCCAUGUGUGGAGUUUCCCUGGUGGUUCAGUAGUAAAGAAUCCACCUCCACUGUCAGAGAUGGUUCAAUCCCAGGGUUUGGAAGUUCCCCUGGAGAAGGAAAUGGCAACCCACUCCAGUCUUCCUGCCUAGGAAUCCCACACACAGAGGAGCCUGGUGAGCUACAGUCCAUGGGGUUGUAAAAGAGUGAGACACUGCUUGGCGCCUAAGCAACAAUGCCUAGCCCAUAAGAAGUAUUUUUAAUUGUAUUAAACGAAAGGCACACCACUGUUGUGGAGCAUUAUAUAAUCAAGCGCACAUGAAAUCAGGUUUAAGAAAAAAAUUUUCUCACGAAGUAUAUGGAUGAAAUCUAUAGGAAACUUACAGCGACGUUGUUGAUAAUCAGAAGGGACCAGAGGAAGCCACCUGCCACAUUUGCACAACGAUUUAAAAAGCGUCCUCAUAUAAACUUUGGUUCUCACAACAACCCUGCAAAGUACGCUCUAGAGGUAUUAUUAACUCUGGUUUACAAGGAAACCCACCACCUAGGUCAAGCGUGAUUGACUAAGGCGGAGCCGGGACGCUCUCCUCCGCCUCCCUGACCUAGGAUCCUUCCCUGCCGCGCCUAGGCAGCCGCGAGCGGCGCUGGGGGACUCGGUUUCCUUUUCUUCCCCUGUAUCAUAUUUGCAACCCCAUCCUGAAGCCCGCCAGCAGGUGCACGUCCAGGCGCAGGUGCGGGCGGCGGCCGACCAGCCCGGCGCCCUAGGCCGCGCGACCAUAGAGUCCGGAAGUGCAGCCCCAGCUGUUCCCUGCGGGCGCCGCUCGGUCCCAGCCCCGGCCACGCACACGAGGGCCGCGCUCCGGCGGGCUGAAUGGCCGCAGGGCUGGCCGUCAGGGUGGUCGCCGGACUGGCGGCCGCGGCCUUGGCGGCAGUGUUCUUGGAACACUACGGCCUGGCCGGCCGGUCUUCACCACUGCCCCAGCCCCGCAGUCCCCGGCGCCCGCACCCUGCGCCGGGCCCCGGAGCCGGCAACAUCUUCUGGGGUCUGCAGAUAUCCGACAUUCACCUGAGCAGGUUUCGCGAUCCAGGCAGAGCUGUAGACUUAGAGACGUUCUGUUCUGAAACUGUUGACAUCAUUCAACCAGCUCUCGUCCUAGCAACAGGAGACCUGACAGAUGCCAAAACAAAGGAUAAUUUGGGAUCCAUGCAGCAAGAGGUAGAAUGGCAAACUUACCAGAGUAUUCUGAAGAAGACAAAAGUCAUGGAAAAAACCAAGUGGCUUGAUAUCAAAGGAAAUCAUGAUGCAUUCAACAUUCCAAGUCUGGAGAGUGUUGAGAAUUAUUACAGGAAGUAUUCUGCUGUACGGAGGGAUGGCUCUUUUCAUUAUGUCCACAGUACUCCCUUUGGCAACUAUUCUUUCAUCUCUUUGGAUGCCACCCUUAAUCCAGGGCCUAAGAGACCUUUUAAUUUCUUUGGAAUUUUAGAUCAGAAACGGAUGGAGGAGCUUUUGUUACUGGCCAAGGAAAGCCGUUGGAGCAACCACAGUAUUUGGUUUGGACACUAUACAACAUCCACUGUCCUUUCUCCAUCACCAGGACUUCGGUCAAUAAUGAGUUCAGCUACAGCUUAUUUGUGUGGGCAUCUUCAUACCCUUGGUGGACUCAUGCCUGUUUUGCACACUCGUCACUUCCAGGGCACUUUGGAACUUGAGCUAGGAGACUGGAAGGAUAACAGAAGGUACCGGAUCUUUGCUUUUGAUCAUGACCUCUUUAGCUUUGCAGAUUUGAUCUUUGGCGAGUGGCCUGUGGUUCUUAUCACUAAUCCUAAGUCACUCCUGUAUAGUUCUGCUAAACAUGAACCACUAGAAAGACUCCUUCACUCAACACACAUCAGAGUCUUGGCCUUUUCCUUAUCCUCCAUUACUUCAGUUGCAGUUAAGAUUGAUGGAGUUCAUUUAGGGCAAGCUAGUCAUUUGUCUGGUCCUAUUUUCAUACUAAAGUGGAACCCAAGAAACUACAGUAAUAAGACACAUAACAUAGAAGUAAUUGUUCAGGAUUCUGCUGGAAGAAGUAAGAGUGUUCAGCACAUAUUUUCAGCUCGAGAGGAUAUUCAUCUCAGAUUUGAUCUCCUGGCAUCAUUUAUUCUCCUUACUGACCAUUGUACUGUGGCCCGGGUCACAUUUGUGAUGAUUGUGCUGAUGCAGCUCAUCGUUCUCAUUAUUUUUCGGUAUCAAGCAUAUCCAGAGCAUAAAGGACCGCUGGGAUUUAUAAAUUUGAUGUCAUUUUCCCUUCAUGUCUUGAGCAAACUGAAUAUCUCCUACUAUUCUGUGUUGUUGCUGACCCUGUAUACAGUGCUGGGCCCAUGGUUUGCUGGUGAAAUCAUUAAAGGCAAAUUGGGCUGCUGCUUUUCCUUUGGAAUCUUUGUUGAUGGACAUUUCCUACAAGGCAGUAUAACAUUUAUAGUUGGAAUUCUCCAGCUGGUGUUUUUUAACAUCCCCUUGAUGGUUUACCUGUGUUGGAUUUUGCUGCAGCGGUGCUUUGGCCACAGCUUCAGGUCUCAUCUCCGUCAAGGAAAAUACUUGAAAAUUAUACCUGUUCACCUACUUAUGUUACUGCUAUACAUCUGGCAUAUUUAUUCCUGCUACUUUCUUCAUAUGACAUAUGGCACUCUAGCUUUAUUACUCUCUCCUUUACGGACCUGGUUGACACUGGCAACACCUGUUCUCAUUCGUUGUGUUUGGUCGCUGAACUCUGCUGAGCUUGGAGCCUUCAUGGUUCGGCUAAAGAGCCACUUGAGCUCCUGAAGUCUGUAUGUCCUCAUCCACCUCUGUAGCCCAGGCCUCUGCCUCAGCAGCAGGCGGAAAGCCAGUAUUGACGGGCAAACUUCAGGGAGCUGCUGUUCCUUGGACACCUGGGAGUUGGGGGGUUACCUACUACUGAUUCUUGCAGAAUGGACUGCAGAAAGUUCUCUAUAUAAUGCCAUGAUUCCUUCCUUCCCCAAGAAGAUAAAGGGUUGAUUUACUUUUAUGAAGAGAAAGCCUUUAUCUAGGAGAUCCACAGGGCAGGGGCUGGUGGAUAUGGGAGUCUCUGAGGCCCACUCAGUGUGUUUUCUAGUUACCUCAUGUAAAGUACCUAGCACAGUGUCUGGAACUUGGCAGCCUGUAAGGAGGCCACUUUAGGGACAGGGAACGUGCAAACUUGGACCUGCCCCUGACUACCCUUGAUUAGUUCCUAGUCCCUCUUUUCAACAGGAUUAUGGGCUCUCUGCUUCCUCAGUCGGGGUGUUUUCAACUAAUCAAAUACCAAUAAAUGAAUGAUGAAUAAGAAAUAACUCGAUC